UGUGUUUAAUUUUGCUUUCUCUUUGGGUCUUGGCUAUAUCCAUGGAUACCCAUCCUCAUUUUUGCCCCAUUAAUUCCUCUCAAUUUCUUUUACCCUAAACCCACAAACCCGUUUCCUACAUAAAGCUCAUCCCUUUCAUCACUCCCACACUCUCCUUCCAUGUUCAACCAAUGUCAUUUGUGUUUUUUCAUCUAAUCAAAACCACCCAACAAUAAAGUUUUGAUUUUUAAUCUCACCCUUUUGAUGGUGUUUCUCUAUUAGCACCCCCCAUUUAACCUCCUUCCAUGGCUGAAAGCUUUGACAGUGCUACAUCUAAUCUUCUAUGUUCUGAAACCAAUAGCACAUGCUUUGAUGAGGAUUUGGAAUGCAAUGGUGCUGUUGAUGGUUCUGGAAUCUCAACUUCAUGGGACCACAUGAACCUUAACUUGGACAACUUGGACAACUUGGACAACGUUGGAUCGGAAUCAUUUGUGUGUUUUGUUGCACAGAGUGAGGAAAUUGUGAGGGUUAUGGUUGAGAAAGAGAUUGAACAUUUGCCCAGAGAGGAUUAUUUGAUGAGAUUGCGAAGUGGUGACUUGGAUUUGAGUGUUAGAAGAGAGGCUCUUGAUUGGAUUUGGAAGGCUCAUGCUUAUUAUGGAUUUGGACCAUUGAGUCUUUGCUUAUCGGUGAACUACUUGGAUCGGUUCUUAUCGGCUUAUCAAUUACCGAGAGGUGUGAGUUGGACUGUGCAAUUGUUAGCUGUGGCAUGCUUUUCACUUGCGGCUAAAAUGGAAGAAGUUAAAGUGCCGCAUUGCAUAGAUUUACAGGUCGGAGAACCGAGAUUUGUGUUCCAAGCUAAAACAAUUCAAAGAAUGGAACUAAUGAUAUUAAGCACAUUAGGAUGGAAAAUGCAUGCCUUAACUCCUUGUUCCUUCAUAGACUACUUCAUAUCUAAGAUCAGUUGCGAGAAUCAAGCCGGAAAGUCAUUGAUUGCGAGAUCAGUGCAACUCAUUCUUAACAUAAUCAAGGGUAUUGAUUUCUUGGAGUUCAGGCCUUCUGAAAUUGCUGCAGGGGUAGCAAUUUCUGUUUUGAAGGAACUGCCGGGGCAUGAAGUCGAUAAGGCCAUAGCCGAUUUCGUCAUUGUAGAUAAGGAGAGAGUUCUAAAGUGUGUUGAAUUGAUAAAAGAUCUAUCCUUGAUCAAGGUAGGUGCAUCUAAGUAUACACCAUUUGUGCCUCAAAGUCCUAUAGGGGUGCUUGAUGGAGGGUGCAUGAGUUUUAAGAGUGAUGAGUUAACAAAUGGGUCAUAUCAAAAUUCUUUACAAAAUAGUCCAAAUACUAAAAGGAGAAAAUUUGAUGGACCUUCCAAUGGAUAAUGAUGAAAUGUGAAGUUUGAAAGAGGUGUGUUUGGAUGAAUAAGUUGUUGUUUAUAGUGAGAUUAUUAUUACUAUUAUGAUUACAGAAACAGCUGCAAAAAAAUACUGCAGAGAGAGAGAGAUGCUGCGGUUGGUAGAGAAAAUUUUGAUGAAACAAUGUUGUUGAGGCAUAGCAUAUGUGAAUGAAGUGACAUAUGUAAUAUUUGAGAGGUUAUAAUUGUGUUGUCACAUGUGAA